UGACACAGCCUUGCCUUCGCCAUGCCUGCCUUAGUAAACCUGCUGUUCAACGUCGUAUCCACUAACACCACCAUCACCUUCAACCUGGUGCUGCCAGUUGUCAGCUUGGUCUCUCUUCUGGUCGGGGUCAGUGGUCACCUACUGCUGUGGCUGGUGCUGGUGAGGAACCGCCGUAGCCGGUCCAAGCCGAGCUCCAUCAUGCUCCUCAACCUUAGCCUGGCAGAUCUGGCUACCCUGCUUACACUGCCUUGUGUGUUCCUGAGUGCCAGUUUCCAGAACUGGCAGCUUGGUGGGGGGACUUGCAUCUUCCUGGGGUUCAUGACCUCGUUGACAGCAGGUGUGGAUAUUUUCAGCCUGGUAGUCUUGUCAGUGCUGAGGUAUCGCAUUGUUUCACCGCAGACAAGACCGCCCGCUAGCAUGAACCAAAUGCUGUUUGCUGUGAUUCUUGUUUGGGUGGUCUCAGUAGCCAUGGCACUGCCUAAAGUCACCUACAUCAAGUUUGACAGCGGCUGCACGUGGUCAGUUGGCCGCGGGGAGUGGCUGGGGUUCCUGGUUCCUGCUUUUCUGGUGUAUUAUGUUGCCCCUCUCCUCUGCAUUGCCAUCAACUGUGGCCUUAUCAUCUCUCACCUCCACCGCUGCAAGGGAACACUGACCGCCGACCGGCGCAACAAAAAAGCGACUGCUUUGUUGAUUGCAGCAACUUUGGUUUUUGCAAUUAGCUGGCUGCCUUAUUAUGCACUUGAGUUUGUCAAUGUUAUGUCUCCCUAUGUUAGCUCUGUAGCUUCACCCAUUAGCACGUCACUAGAUGCUUCAACUCUGUCUGUUUCAUAUUUAUCACCUACCUCGACUGCACAAACUGCAGAAAGAGAGACAAGAGUGUCUUUGUUGUGGGAGGUGGCAUCUUUGUCGGCCAUUUUGUUGGUAUGUCUGGCUCCAUGCUGGAACCCUCCCCUUUACUUUCUGCUGUCAUGUCCAGCGGUUCGCCAGUUACGAGCACUUCUACCUGCAUUUUUUAAUAACAACAGGAAAAAUUCUAACGUACAUCACUGGCGUAUAGCUCCUGCUCCUGCUUCCUGCCUAUCACGUGCUUUACCGACUGUAAACUCACAAAACCCAGCAACAUUUAACACAUAGACUGACUCAGUAAAGUUACCAGCGGCAUCACUUGUUCAGUCACACACAUAUUAACUGUUCCACCGAGUCCUUAUAAUUCGAUUGGUGGUGAGAAGCUCACUCCUGUUGUCAAAAGCAACAGACAUGAGGCUAAGGUAAACAGCUAACUGCAGAGUCUGACAUUUUAAAAUGUUUCUUUACAUUUUGUGAGGUAAUCUUGUACACAUUUACAUCAAUACUGUAUGGAUCCCCUCCAUGCCAUCAAAUACUGGUAAUACUUGUAAUCCCAGAUACUUUUUCCACUUGCCCCAUACAAUAACAUUAUGCAGCUGUUUAGCCUGUGAUGGUGUUUAAAUGCUAAAUCAACACUGCAACGAUUCAAAUAUUUUUUGUCCUGAGUGAAAAACUGAACCCAAGACCAUCUAAAAUGGAGCCCAAGUUGAAAAAUGCUGGGGUUCCCCUUUAAGUUCCACCCUUU